UCAAUGAUUGGCCAGGCGACAACUAUGGCGCUGUCCGCCUAUUUGUAAAAAACACCAUGAAAACUUAAACCAGGUGCUUCACAGGAUGAGGAGAGUGUAUCUGAGGCUUUCUUUGUAAUAACCGCAUGUUGGAGUUUAUUGUUUCUUUAUGUCGAGCAGGAUUAAAACAGACAUGAUGUCUCUGCAUUAGCGCGGCAUGCUAACAAACCUGCUAGCAUCACAUCAACAACACAGCAGCGGAAAGGUUUGAUCUGUUAUCCUUGUUUCCAGAUCAAACAUGCCUGCCUUUCGACAAGUGGGGGAGAAGCAGCUUCCUAACCAGAUACUGUGCAUGGCCUGGUCUCCUAAAAGAGAUCUUAUUGCUCUUGCAAACACAACUGGAGAGUUAUUGCUUCAUCGCUUGGCUAGUUUCCAACGUGUUUGGAGCUUGCCUCCCAUUGAGUGUACUGGGAAGGAGAUCACUGCGCUCGCCUGGCGCCCUGAUGGAAAAAUUUUGGCCUUCAGCGUCAGAGACACCAAGCAGGUGGUGCUGUGUGGUGUGGAGAAAGCAGAGAUCCUCCAUGUGUUUCCAAUGCAGAACCCGGUCACCUGCAUGCACUGGAUGGAGGUGACCGAUGAGAGCAGUGCCCUCAGCUCCUUCUACAACUCAGAAGAUGAAUCCAAACUAUUUCUCCCCAAGUUACCGACCCUCCCAAAGAGCUACAGCACAACUUCAAAGAUCUUCAGUGAGGAGAAGUCUGAUGAGAUCAUGAAUCUGCUGGGAGAAGUCAGACUGAACGUUCUGGUUCUUGGAGGAGACGCUGGCUUUGUGGAGCUUUAUGCUUACGGGAUGUACAAGAUCACCACUCUGACAGGGGUAUCGGGAACCUGCCGCAGUCUGAGUCUGUCCAGUGAUCUUAAGUCUCUGUCCGUCAUCACACAAGUCAGGUCUGCUGACAACAAGCCCGAGAUGUGCUACAUUCAGCUGGACACAGGCUUGUUGUCAGACUGUCUCCCUGAGGUGACCAGGAUGGCACGCAAGUUCACCCACAUCUCCACCCUGCUGCAGUACCUGCACCUCUCUCUCACCUGCAUGUGUGAAGCCUGGGAGGACAUCCUCAUGCAGAUGGAUCUUCGCCUCACUAAGUUUGUUCAGGAAAAGAACACAAGCACUCAAGUACAGGAUGAGUUUCUGGAGCUUCUACUGUGGGGACAGUCAAGCCCUGAGCUGCAGGCUCUUCUCAUGAACCAGCUGACAGUCAAGGGGCUGAAGAAGCUCGGCCAGUCCAUCGAGUCUUCAUAUUCCAGCAUCCAGAAGCUGGUGAUCAGCCACCUGCAGAGUGGCUCUGAGGCUCUGCUCUAUCACCUCAGUGAGGUGAAAGGCAUGUCUCUGUGGAAGCAGAAGUUCGAGCCCCUCGGCCUGGAUUCAGAAGCUAUAGAAGGAGCUAUCACAGCUGUGGGGUCAUUCUCUCUGAAAGCCAACGAGCUGCUGCAGGUUAUUGACAAGAGCAUGAAAAACUUUAAAGCCUUUUUCCGAUGGUUGUAUGUUGCUAUGCUGAGGAUGUGUGAGGAGCAUGUACCACCAGAGCUCAACAAGAUGACACAGAAGGACAUCGCGUUUGUUGCUGACUUCCUGUCUGAGCAUUUCAGUGAGAAUGAAGAACUUUUUGAUCGUAAAGGAAAGUACUUCAACGUAGAGCGAGUUGGUCAGUACCUGAAGGAUGAGGAUGAUGACCUCGUGUCUCCACCCAACACGAAGGGAAAUCAGUGGCUGAAGUUUUUACAGGAGAGCUCACACCUGAAGGAGAGCCCGCUGCUGUUUCCUUCAUAUCCACAGAAGUCUCUGCACUUUGUCAAGAGGAUGAUGGAGAAUGUAAUUGAGCAGUGUCUACAGAAACCUGCCGAAGUGAUUGGGAAGUCUAUAAAACAGUCCAUCUUUCUGCCUCUCUACACAGUCCCAGAGAGCUCUGAAAGUACUCCACGUCUUUUUGAGCUUCCAUCCUUGUGGAAUGACAAGAAAGCUAAAAUGCACUAUGUUUUGUUCUGCAUGCCAGAGAUUUCAUCCUCUAAGCUCUUCCUGCUACGCAAACCAACAGACCCCAACAAACAUAUCUCCAACAGCGUGGUGUCCAUCAACCUCAGCCACCACCUUGACAGUGCAGAUGAUGAUAAUGCUGCAGCCCAGCCUAACUGUGUGUACAGCUACCUCGAUGCUCGUUUCUAUGACGACGAGAUGCUAACUGUGGUCCUCCAAGGCUCAGAAGAACAAAACAAGAGGCGUGUCCUGGCUCAGCUUCCUCUUGCUUCCACAAUGAGCUGUGCGAGUGAAUUCAACUGGGAGCCUAACAUGAGGCUGGACCAGCAGACCAGUGCCAUUCCAUGCCAAAACCUGGUGUUGGGGAAUCAGUGGCGUGAACUGGAGAGCAUGAAGGCUCAGUUUGUGGCUGUCAAUGGAAUCCGCAAAGUGGCCUGUGUGCUAAGCGCCAAUCUGCGGCACAUACGCGUUUUUGAAAUGGAUGUAGAAGAUGAAGAUGAUGAGGGAGCCGAGUCGCAGAACACCAGUGCUGACCAGGAUGCACUGGACAUCACCAUGAGCAGCACAGGGCAGGGAGGAGAGGAACGAGCUGAGGCGGACGAUGAGGCUGGAGGGCAAAGAGGAGAUGUGCUUCAAAACCCUGAGGAACGUCUAGAGUCAGAGGAAGCUCUUGAACUCUCUUAAAAAAAAAAAAACAAGCUAAACCCCAUCUUUAGCUUCUUGCUAUUUUUUCCAGUGGUCUAAAUGUCAUGUUUUUGUAUGAAAAUAAACAGGUUUGUUUUGAUA